UGAAUGCAUCCAGGAGGCAUAAAAUACGUUAUGUUUAUGACGAAUGACAGCGAGAUUUUUUUACGAGAUAGCCGAAGCUCAAGGCAAACUCUAUCAUGAUUCGUCAUUCUAUAGCAGCAGCUAAGUGUGAGCUCUACUGCAUGUUUUGUUAGAAAAAUGGCAAAUAAAAAGACAAAGCAAUGGUUUUUCGACGCUCCUUGGGGACGACUAGCACUUGUUUCAUGGGGACAACGCUCAAACCCGCCAGUACUAUUAUGUCACGGAUAUAUGGACAGUGCUGCCACCUUCAUACCUUUAGUUGAAAAACUACCUGACACUUAUUAUUAUGUUGGGGUCGAUUUACCAGGUCACGGAUUAUCAGAUCCAUUUCCUGCUGGCAUGCUGCCUAGUCAAAUGCACAUGAUUGAAGUUAUACGCAUUGUCGUGGAGCGAAUGAAUUGGGAGCGUUUUAUUUACAUGAGUCACUCUAUGGCAUGUGUAUUUGGUGCAUUCUACAACGCAAUAUUUCCUCAUCGGAUGACUAAAGUAAUCAAUCUAGACCUGCCGCCUGCAAUUUCUACCUAUUUAGGCACCAGUUUAUUUUCAUUCUGGUACCCAUAUCUGUAUGAAGAAUAUUACAAAAAUUAUCGGAGAUUCAACACGCCAGACAAUAGACUAAUAACCCAUGAACAAGCAAUAAAUACUAUUGUUCGGAAUAGGAAUGUGUCGGAGGAGCAAGCUGAAAUCAUUUUGUCGCGAUGUCUGAUUCCAGCUAAAGAUGGAAAAUUCAAAUUCUCUUGGGAUCCUAAAAUGAAGAAAAUUACUUACGCCACCAUACCAAAAGAGACCCUGAUAAAAAUAUUUACAACUAACACACCUCCGACUUUGUGUGUAUCUGCGACAGAAAACACCUCAUUGGGGCCGUCAAAACAAUUUGGCAUAGACGUAAUGCGUGCCAUUCAAGAUCAGUGCCCGAAUCAUUUCACUGUUUUUGCUGAAGGAAGCCAUGAUGUGCAUAUUACAAAUCCUGACGAAGUCGCUUCGCAUAUAAAUGAAUUUUUAAAAAGGGAAUUCAAUGUACCUUUUAAGUCAAAACUAUGAAAUAGAUAUUUAGUUAUAAGCUCA